AUGGCCAAUACAUCACGGUCAAUUUUGCUUCCAUCCACGGGCGCGAAUCUUGUGGACCUCGAGCCACACGUGUCCUCCACUUCGCCCAUCCGUGGUUGUUUCUCAUACAAGGUGAUAGAAUGGCUGCGCAGACAAACAGUCCGGUUAGUUUCCAGCAGGCGUAUCCGUACCAAUUUAAGUCCACGUCGGCAAGCAGGCCAAUUGGAUACCAGGAGGCCAAUCAGUACCGAUUCCACUGGUCUUCGACGCCAUGAGCUGAGCGAGGAUAUGGCUUGCACUUGCGACUUCGACAGUUUAGAUCAGUGCACAAACAUCGAUGCCGUGGCUUUGCACAAUCGCCUGAUAUGUUACUCGGCAAACUCGGCGUACGCUCUGAACUCUCCGGAGUCAUUUUGGGGAGACUGUUCGCCUUCUCACGUUGUGCCCAAUCACGACGGAUGGGUUGCUGGCCCGAACGGUCGACUCUUGCUCUGGGUCCCAAUUUAUCUCAUGGAGCUGCCACGGAUAUAUGCACCGAGGAAUUCUCUAGUGAUCCCCGAUAGUGCGAUACAGCUAGAUCUGAGUCGGUUCACACAUGGAGAGGGUUGGGACAAAUGUUAUGAUUUCGAUGCCGUAUAG